AUGGAACAAAAAAUUGAGUUAUUUUAUUUUAUUAAAUUUUCUAUGCUUUUCUUCUUAAUUUGGAUAUGUCAUUUUUAUAGCGAUACAAGCCUGUUUAAGAUAUCUUUAGAUGACAGUUUAAAAUUUGAUAGAAAAUUAGAUAUAAGAAAUUACAGAUUAUUAGCAAAAUAUAAGCAGAAUAAGUAUUCAAAUAUUGUAGGGUUAAAUAAGGUUAUAGCAAAUAAUGGAAAGGGGGAAAAAACAGCUUUAUAUAAUAAUGAAAAUGAGUUCACAAAAAAAAAAAAUCAAUCUAACAGAUAUCCAUUAAAUAGGGCGCAAUACUACACAGAAGUUAUGGAUUAUAAUAAUGGGAUUUUUGAUGGAAAAUAUUUUCAUUUUGAAAAGAAAUGGAUCAGAAAAAAAGAUCAUGAUGCUUUUCUUGAAAAAAACAGAAGAAUUAGUGAUAUAGUUCUAAAAAAUAUAAAAUUUAGAAGUUACGCAUUGUGUGUAUUUUUAUUUAUUCUUUUUUUUUUGUUGGGAAUAGGAUAUCCUAUAUUACAAGGAUUAAAAGUGUUGAGUCCUGCAGUGACUUCGAUUGCAAGUUUAUUAGAAAAAAUUAGUGCUGAUGUUAAAACAAUGCUAGAACCAUAUAUUUCUUUAAUAUUAUUUUGCAUACCUGUCAUUUUAUUAGUUGUCAUCAUUGUAAUAACUAUACCUAAGAUCUUAAGAAAUAAUGAAAAAUAUAAGAAAAUUAGAUAUAUGACUGAGUGA